CCCCUUGCCUGGCCGAGAGUCUCCCGGUCGGUGGCGUCGCAGUGUGCAGAGUGCAUCCGCGGCGCUUGCAUCGCAUCCCAGCUUCUCGGUUCCCGCCAUGGCUGCUGCUUACAGGCUAGUUUUGGUUCGGCACGGCGAGAGCGCCUGGAACCUCGAGAACCGCUUCAGCGGCUGGUACGACGCAGACCUGAGCCCGGCAGGGCAGGAAGAGGCGCGGCGCGGCGGAGAAGCGCUGAGAGAUGCUGGUUAUGAGUUCGACAUCUGCUUCACGUCUGUGCAGAAGAGGGCAAUCCGCACCCUCUGGACUGUGCUGGAUGUCAUCGAUCAGAUGUGGCUACCCGUAGUGAGGACCUGGCGCCUCAAUGAGAGGCACUACGGUGGCCUGACAGGCCUUAACAAGGCUGAGACGGCAGCUAAACACGGUGAGGCCCAGGUGAAGAUCUGGAGGCGUUCCUUUGACAUUCCGCCACCUCCAAUGGAGCCUGAUCACCCUUUCUACAGCACCAUCAGCAAGGAUCGUCGCUAUGCCGACCUCACUGAAGAUCAGUUGCCUACAUGUGAGAGCCUGAAAGAUACCAUUGCUCGGGCCCUGCCCUUCUGGAAUGAGGAAAUUGUUCCUCAGAUCAAGGAAGGCAAGCGUGUGCUCAUUGCUGCCCAUGGCAACAGUCUCCGAGGCAUAGUCAAGCAUCUAGAAGGAAUGUCUGAGGCAGCAAUCAUGGAACUGAACCUGCCCACUGGAAUCCCCAUUGUCUAUGAGCUGGACAAAAAUCUGAAGCCCAUCAAGCCCAUGCAGUUCCUUGGGGAUGAGGAGACUGUCCGCAAGGCCAUGGAAGCUGUGGCUGCCCAGGGCAAGGUCAAGAAGUGAAGGCAAACCCAAGUACUCCGUAGAAGAUCUCCCCCUCCCUCAUCCCUUUCCUUCCCAGCACAUGCCUGCCACAGCCUGAGGGACUGGGCAGACGAGCCAAAGGAGGUGAAGCUUCCUGGGGCCACCACGUUCUUUCCUUCAAGACCAACGUCCUUCCACAUUCACUUUCCCCCCAGCAGGAUAUGGCUAGAUACACUAGGGAUGUGGACCACAGUCCAGCACAGGGGUCUGGCAGAUGAGCAAGCCCUAGCGCCAUGGAAUGUGAUGCUGCUAAAGUGAAGGGGGGAAUCCCCAAGCAUUCCGAAGAGAGAGCCCCUCCUGCCUUCUUUCCAUUUUAUGUGGCAGCUGUAAUAGUAUUGCUCAAUUUGGUUUGGUCACUGGUGAUUAAGGCUAGCUAGGGGUGCUUCAGACAGCACAACAGGGAUGCUCAAGGACCAUUUAUUUUUUAUGGGUCUUUUUAAAGAGAGCAUGUAAUUUUGCUAAAGAGUCUUUUUUUUAUUUUUAGUUGUCCCUGGAGUUACGUCUGAUUCUGUAUUAGGUAACAAUAGCCAGCUCAUUAUUUCAUUGCCUUCAAAACGAUUGUAGGAAGGAGUGAAGCUAGGGGAAGAGAAAAGGGAACAGCACCCACCCUGGAAUCUCCAGCUGCGAUCCCGUAACUUUGCCGUGUAGUGCCAGUAAGCCCAGAUACUGUGUAUCAUCAUGUGUUGCUUUUCUGCCCCACAGUCUGUGUGGUAUCCCUGCCUGAUUUAGGGCAGGUUUACACUGGAGCUCACUUCACUGUACAAUGGCUGCAUUUGCCCUAAUCUCAGUAAAAUAAAGGAAUUAUGUGCAAUA